AUGUCGACACCUCCCAAUACGCAUGCCCCGCCGCACAAGCCGGCUGGGCAUAAGCCUCACCGUCCGCAUGUGGUUGGAGGACAGCGCGCGCAUGGCCGUAACACGUCACAGAUGAAUCUGAAUAAACUGCAGCGGUUGGCUAUGGCGCACAACGCAACCAGUGAUCUCCACGGAGGACAAGAAGCGCCCGUGACCAGCCGACGGCAUCAUGCAAGGAAGAAAUCAGCCCCUUCAUCGCCUGCCACUAGUCCAAAGACAGGGCAUCAUGUCCGAUGGAACGGCUCUGCGGUAGCCUUGGGCGGCGUAUCAUCAAACAAUCCAACUAUGAGGAAGAACCUUUCGACUCCCAUUUUGAAACGAGAGGGUUCAAGCGGCAAUAUCAUUAAGAAGGGCCACCUACUAGGUGAACUGAGCAGGAUCGAGAAACCAGAAGAAAAGAAGUCAGUGGGCUUUGAGCUUGCGGGCUCCGAUGACGACGACGACGACGACGACGAAUGGGAGGACCAUAGUUCACCUUCAGGAGCGAGUACAAGGCGGAAUUCACUUGUUGUGGGCAAGGCUGGCAAUACUGACGGAAAUCCCCAGAGUACCACUUUGACAUUUACCAAGUCGCCUUUGGUCCAACAGAAUAACGCAGCGGAUAUGAAACCUGAACCGAGCGAGGGAACAGCAGCUGGCGAAACACAACCAGAAUCUACAAUGUCGGCCGGAGACAUAGCCCAACCAACAGAACAAGGUCAAAACGACGUACCCCAACGACUCCUUAGUCGCCAGCACUCGGGCAUGGUACCUCCAGCAGUCUCAUCUGUCUCUGCUACAGCUACUCAGGCACCGCCGGAACGAAGCUCUCGUGUAUCGUCGUUUGCCAAUCUAUCGAGCCUCGGUGGAAUAAACCAGCCUGACUCACGCCACAGUAAUGAAAGGGAAGACACCCAGCGAUUCAGCCCUAAUGCUACACCUUCAUCUACUGAUGUAGGGGUAUCUCGAUUUUUAAUAACUCAUCCAAACGGGGGGAGCCACCCCGGCGGCCGCUCUGAGUCCGACUUCUCUACCCCUUCCUCAUUUCUUCCUAACUAUCAACCCCGCACACCACCUUCUCCCGAGGCAGCUAUAACGAAAGCGCUUAAAUCACCUUCUAGACGUCGACCCGCCGAACCACAUUCCCGAACACAGCAAAAGCUUUGGCUUCAGCGAACUGCAACUCUCUCAACCUCCCCAUCAGAGACCUCAAUGGGGCCCAUGGCACCAGUUGUAGCGCCUCAGAUAAUCGAUUCAAACGCUGCCCAUGCUCGAUCAGCGCUCGAUCCCCAUCGUGCCUCUACCGCUGCCAGUGGAUUUGCUGGCGGCCCAUCAACUGAAGGAGAGUCCAAAAGGAUAAAGAAGGUGUACGAACGACUCGCUAGUGAGUUUUCAGUCAUGCAUCGUUUCCGAAAUCCAGUCGUAGACAGCCUAAAUCGAAUGUACGACAUGACCAAGCCUCCUACCGGACAGGACGGGACAUCUCAACCCGGCGCUUCUUCUAACCCUGCACAUUUGAACUCAAAUGAUAUCAACCACGAAACUUCUUUACAUACACGCAAUGGUAGCCAUUCAUCAAACCCUUCGAAACCGGGGAGACAAGGCUCGGUACGGUUUAAGGACCAUGAAGAAGCCUAUAAUGACGAUUCAGAUGACCUUAAUGAUCAAAACAAUGAUAUCUCAUCUCGUGCUGGCUACCAACUCACGGAAGAGGAGCUUUUGGUGCGCCGUAUGUGGAAUAGUCUUGAAGUUGCUGCUCCAGGUGAUUGA